GCACCAGUUCGGUGAUGUUCCGCCUGUGUGUAACACAGAAAUCAUUCCGGUGGAAGUUGUGAUCGCGGCCUUGUCACAAAAGAAAUGGCGAGUGGAAUCGGCAAACACAAAAUUCUGAAUGUGGGACCAACAGAGCCCUGGUCAGUCAGGGAGAAACUGUGCCUGGCCUCUUCUGUAAUGAGGAGUGGUGACCAAAACUGGGUGUCAGUAAGUAGAGCCAUCAAGCCUUUCUCAGAACCUGGCCGUCCACCAGACUGGUUCUCACAAAAGCACUGUGCGUCACAAUACUCUGAGUUAUUGGAGGCUACAGAGGCACCAAAGCGUAAGCGUGGGGAGAAGGGAGAGGUGGUUGAAACCAUUGAAGAUGUCAUCGUUCGUAGGCUAACUGCUGAGAGGAUAGAAGAACUGAAAAAACUACUGCGAGACACACAAGAGCAGUACAGGAAAUUGAAAAAAGAGGUGGAUUUGAUACAGACAGGUCACAUGGACUCCCAGCUGAAGGAACUUUGGACAGAGAUCACACUAAAGAAGAAGCAGGAUGAGGAAGAAGCAGAACAGAAGAGAAGAGCCACAGAAACAGCAUACCAAGUUCGUCAGGCGGUGAAAAAUACCCCGAAGCGUCUACCAAGUGUUACUGUACGCUCUCCUCUGGGUGCAAGCCCCCCAACCGUGGACUCUCAGAGUGACUCUUCAGUCCCCACACCACCCAUGGAUACUGGAGGUGUGGCCUCUGAGGACACCACUACCCACUCACUUGCCCAGGGGGUUGGAAUGUUUCAGUCAGAAGCUCCGGUCCCAGGUCCCAAAGAUGGAGGGUUGACUGCUCUAGUAGACGAUACACCACAAAAAAGGCUCUUAGCCCAGAAGGCCACACCACCACCAUCACCUCUCCUGUCAGAAUUGCUGAAAAAAGGCAACCUAAUCUCAGCCAGCCCCCGUUUGGUUGGGGAAGGAGACUGUACUGGAAGCCUUACUAAUGGAGUGCAGACAGCUUCUGCAGCCACUGCUUUACCAACCGGUCAUGAGAUCAUCACAGAAAGUGAAGCUGAAACUGCAGUGAAAACAGAGCUAGGAGAUGAAACUGGAUUAGUAGAAGAGGACCUUGUUGCUGUUUCAUACAUGGGAGAUGAACUGGAUCUGGAGACAGUGGGAGGCAUUAUUGCCAUCAUUGAAGAGAAGGUCGAUGACUCAGUAGAGGCUUUGGAUGCUGCAGCAGUGGAAGCAGCUCUCUCCCUGUGUGAAGAGGCUGUCUCUGAAGGCCACACUCUUCCUGGACCCUGGGAGACCCAGGAGCUGAAGGCGUCAGACCCAGCACCCACUGUCCAAGAGUCUGAUCCUACACCGGAGCCUCAGGAUGUGACCCCAGUGUCGGCCUUGAUUCCUUCAGGUAUAGAGACCUAUAAUCAACCAGAAAGUAAAAAGGAAGAACGGCUCAGGGGAAACUAUGAAGGACAGGAAAUGACAGGAAGUGAUGUCACUUCUUCAGUCAACUCUGAUGAAGGAGCAACAAGGAAUGAGAUUCUGGAAGAUGGUUCAACAUGUAGGGAAGUUACUGAAGCAACAGUGAAGAAUGAAGGAGAAGAAUGGAGCCAGCCAGAGCCCAACCCGCCUUGCCUGGACUCUGAGGACAGCUCAGUGUCAGGGAAAGAAUCCAAGGAAGUAAAGGAGGAGGAAGCAGGGAGUGAAGGUGACCCAGAAGAAGGGAUGGAGCUGAAGGAGGAAUGUGGCGAGGGUCCUUAUCUGUCUGAGGUGGAGAGGGCAGCCAGCGAGAGUGAGGACGGCUAUGGCCCUCCCUCCCAACGCUACACUGCAGAUUCUCUAGCCAGCAGCCCAGCGUCGUCUUCUCAGCUGUCUACAUGUGGUGAGGAUCAGGAGGCUGUCCAGGCCCAGAAGAUCUGGAAGAAAGCCAUUAUGCUGGUGUGGAGAGCUGCAGCGAACCACAGGUAUGCCAGUGUCUUCCUGCAGCCUGUGUCAGAUGACAUCGCACCUGGUUAUCAUAGCAUCGUACACAGACCUAUGGACUUGUCAGCCAUUAAGAAGAACAUUGAGUCUGGCGUGAUCCGUACGACGGCUGAGUUCCAGCGUGACAUCAUGUUGAUGUUUCAGAAUGCUGUCAUGUACAACUCUUCGGACCAUGACGUGUACCAUAUGGCGCUAGAGAUGCAGCGUGACGUCCUGGAGCAUGUCCAGCAAUUCCUGGCCACCCAGCUCAUCAUGCAGACCUCUGAGAGUGCCAUCUCCGCCAAGAGCCUCCGUGGCAGGGAGGGAAAUCGUAAGCCAGGAGAGCCUGCUGAGAAGGACGGGGGCACCAGAGGCCGCCGCAGUGCCAUGGAGGCCGACCUCAAAAUGAAGAAAUAGAACUGGAGUUUGUCGAGAACAAGACACUUUGAGAGACAAAGCUGCUUUUUGAGUCAGACAGUUGGAGCUGAAUAUGUUCAGGUCACCUUAAGUUGUUUUCUUUUAAUGAGGUUUGUGUGUGCGUGUACAUGCGUAUGUAUAUAUGUGUGUGUGGGUGGGUGUGUGGGGGUGUGUGUGUGUUGGUGUAUAACAUCAUUCAUGUUGUUAGGCAUAGGUAAGAGUUUGUCUUUUGACUUGUGUUAGAGAGCUUCAUUAAGCCUCCUCUUAAGUUCAGUUUAGAUGGUAGGUUUUAUGUGCAGCAUACAACUUUCCAGUAUUAUCAUUUCACCAGCAAAGGUUUUAGUUCAUCAUUUCCCUUUGCUGAAGAGUUACGGCAAAGAGAGAAAAAAAAAAAACUUUUCACCAGCUAAAUUUUGUUUGGGAUUAAACGAGAGAAGGCAUGUUAUUAGAUCUCUUUGAAUCAUGAAUUUAUCAAAGCAACAAUAUGUAACUCCCCCAGUUUAAAAUAGUUUCAAAGUUGAUCUCUUAGUACAGUCAUUUUCCACAGGAAGAAUCUACAAACCUACUUCAAAGAGUGCCUGCUUUUAGCACUAUCUAACUUUGGCAGAAGCCUACGGAUCUCUUGCAAGAAGUGCCUAGGUUUCAAGACUGGUUCACACCAGCUUUCAGCUUAACAGCAGUUGGCCUAUCUUGAUACUGUUUCAUACAGUAGAUGAGGUUAAGAGACUAAAGAGGACAGUGAAAGGUAAAACUAUGAACAACUAUGAAGAUAAAAGAGUGGCAGUCCUUAACAUGUCUAAGCUUUUUUAAACUGUAGGCUGCCAGGCUGACACCGAGCUGUCUAUAUUGCUGUUGGAUGGUUGCAAACUGGUUGUCUCGUUGCUAACAGGAAAGCAACAAUCAGCCUGGAGAAGUUUACAUCCCUGCAGAUAUUACUAGUAACAGAUUGCAACACACCAUUAGGCUGUAUCAUUAUCAGGGUAAUCGUUUUGAGUUUAGCAUAUUUACUGGGUGGAGAAAGUCAUCUAGCUGAAGUUAUGUCUCAGGUUUGCAUACAAACAAAUAGAUAAAUCAAUCUCACAGAAAUAAAGUACUCUUUCAUCGUCUAUCUACAAGUUCACUUUUUAAGCUUGGAACCUUGAAAACCUAUCUCAGCCAGCAUCUAGUACUAAAAUGUGAUCUUUAAGCCAUAGACUAUAGACAUUAUAGCAACCUUAGAAAACACAUACACAAAUAGCGUAUGCAAAUAAUUUGCAAACAUCAGGCUGUUGGUGCUUUUUUCACAUUUGCACAUGGUGUGGUAAUACUACUGUUCCUUGUCAGAUGCCAUGGCUCUUAUGCUGGUGUCACCUCACUCUGUCUCACUCAAUCUACAAAUGCACAUUGUCUUAAGACUGAUAGGCACAACAGCACGGUGUUGCACUCUCUUGUGGGUGGCAAAGUGCACCAAACUGAAUUUCUACAUAUUGUUGCUUUGAAACUUAACCUGCACCACAUACAACCUGUGUACUGAAUCUGUCAGUUUGAUCACAAAUAAUGUGAAUGUAAGAUCCACAUACAACUUAAAGAACUGGAUUUUUUUGCCUUUUUUUUAGAGGCGAUGAUGUGUCAGAGGCAAGAGGCAUCAAUGCCAUCUGUCUGGUGGCUUUUGUAUAGUAACAGGUAAUGUCCCCGGCAUCACUGUAAUAGCCCAGUUUGCAAAUAGUUUGCAAAUUGCAUUCAUAUUGCUACAAACUGUUUUCCAAAUUUGUGCAUGAACUACCUACCUUCAUAUUGCCCAAGCUUCAAUUUAAGCCAGAACUGAAGAAUAUUCACCUUGAGAGAUCAGCCUCAUGACAAGUAGAGAUGUGAGGCUGCAGGAGAUAUGAAUCAGUCAAUUUGAUUCACGUAUUAGUCAAAGUAAAAACAGUUGUGAACUACAUCUUUUUCAACACCAUUUGGUGUAACAGUGAAGUACACCUAGGUGUCUUAAAAUUUCAAAUGUAUGAUGUCCAAGGGCAGAAUACAAGUUUACUACCAUUACUGACAUGUUUAAAAGGAUAAUGGAUUUGUUAUAACUAGGGUCACUGUUGGACAGCAGACAUUUGCAAUCUCUGAACAAGAGAAUUUGAGUAACCUCAAAUCUCACUGAGGUGAUCUAUGACUUGAUACAACAAUAAAGAUGUAACCCUGAAGAAAAGCACGUUUUCUCAAGAACCUGAUCCUAAUCUUGUUUUAUUUUGAAGUUGUCCUUAACUAAAUGAACACCAACUGCUGUUUUUAAAGUUAAUGUUCAAAAAAUCAGUUUAAAGCCCUGAAAAUUUUUCUUGUACUAUACUCAUUAGUAAUCUCAAAAACAUUUGUUUAAAUGGGCAAAAUAAGAUGUGGAGAUUGUUGUUUUGCAUUAUAUAGAUGCAUCCUUACUCAUUGCUUAGGGAGUAGCCACUGUGCUGAUUAUAAAGCAUAAAGAACAUGUUUGUACUGAUAUAAGGGAAUACAAAAGCAAGAUUUGUGACUGUGAGAUGGAUUAGAUGUAUCAUGUUUUCUGAUGUUAAUUUGUGAAAUAAAUA